CAUGAUCUCUGCAUUAUUACCAGACAUUACACAUCAAUAUCUUCAUCUUCAUCAUCAUCAUCAGCAGCAGCAGCAGCAGCCACCAUGCUCUCUCGUUCUCUUCUGCUGGUUCUGGCGAUUCUUGCCUGCCUUCAGUACUUCACAGUGGGCCAGAAUGCCAAAGGCCCAGAGGACUGUUGUUUCAAUUUCUUUCAGAAACCGAUCCCUGUGAGAGCCAUUAAAGCGUACGCAAAUACCAGCAAUGAGUGUCCGAAAACUGGAAUCAUUUUUACGACCAAGAAUUCCAGCCGUGUGUGUGUGGACCCAGGCUUUAAGUGGGUGCAGCGGGCCAUAGAGCUAGUUGACCAGCGUGUGUAUGACAACUCAGCCUAAACUCAGCCAAGCUGUUAAAUCCCUUCUUUACAUAUUCCAUUUUUGCCUAAAUAUAAAAUGGAUUCAUGGGAUAAAGCUUUAGAUGUAUAUCUCAUCUUUUCCUCGCAUAUGUGUGCCAUUAAAUAAGCCAAAAUUAUUCCUUUUAACUUUUGUUCAAGUACAUUUUAUCACUCAUUGUUUUUUUUGUUGUGAUUGUUAAAUAAAGCCACAUGAGCAAAA